UUUCCUAACUGAAUACAAGUCUACAACGAAUGGUAAUGGUUACCAAGGAAACUGUUCAAUACAAACAAUACAUAAUAUUGUUGAAAAGAUGUCUGAUGGUACAUUUUUACUUCAUAUUUCAGGACAAUUAGAAUGGAUUGAUCUUUUGGCACCAAAUAACACAUCUUGGUAUUGUAAAUAUGAAUUUGUAGCAGGUACGGAUUGGAAAAUUUUGAAUGGCUUAGAAGCAGGACUUUCCCAAACGGUUAAUGUUAAUAAUAAUGGUGAUAAAAUAGUAUUCAACUUACCAAUAGAAAUACAAUUUAAGUCCACAAAUCCUUAUGGUUGGCCACAAAUAAUUCUUAGUGUUUAUAAAAAUAUGCAAUUAGCAGGAUACGGAAGAUGUCAUGUACCGCUCAAAGCGGGUGUUCAUAAAUUGGAUGUACUCUUUGCUAAACCACAAGCGUCUUCGUUGUUGGGGUAUGUUGCAUCGUUUUUUGGUUAUCAACCUGAAUUACUGCAACCCAAAAUGUUGGCUACUACUGCAGGAAUUAAUUUGUUACUCAUGGAGUCAGCAGGACAUGGGCAAAUUUCUAUAAAUAUUGUGACGCAGGGAUUUCAAAACUUGGGUUAUGAUAGUGGAGUAGUCAAAGAUUAAUUCCUCGUUUUCAUAUUGGCAUGAUAUUUUGUAAUAAAUUAUUGUAUAUGUUUUUAUAAAAAAAUUUGAUAUGGAUUA